CUUCAUUGUGGCGGGAAACACUCGUGGAGUUUGACAGAAAACGCGAAGUCUCAGCUGGGACAGCGAGCUAUGGUUGACAGCGUUAAAUGUUGUCAAAUAUUAUUACUGGUAAAGUGUUAUAAGCGGAUGAUAUAUUUAAUUUCAUGAAAAGUCUGUGACAUUUCCGCGCCAUUGGCAAACUUGGCAGCUCGCGCAAUCGAAAGGGGAAAAUCUGAAACCACAUGUUCAGUAGCCAAACACAAUUAAGUUGUCACAUUGUCAUCCUUUCUUUGCAAUUACAAACAAGUAGUUUUAUUGAAGAUUUUUAAAGAAGGUUUUAAUAUACAAGGAGAUAAUGGAUGACUGGGGAGAUGGACCAUCCACUGAAGGUAGAGGAAGAGGAUUUGGCAAAGGAGGAUUUGGUGAUGGUGGAUCUACAGGCAUGACAAAAGGUCUAGGAAGAGGAGUAUUGCGGGCUGGCUUCACCGCUGAAGUGAAUGGUACCACAAAUGGAGACAGUGGUUUGUCUGGAGGGUUCUCAAACAUGUCGGUCUCCAAAUCAAGCUUUGGAGGUGGGGAAAGCAAGGGAGGAUUCAGAAGCAAAAGCAGUGGGGGAGGUGGCGGCAGUGGUGGAGGUGGAGGAUUUGGUUCCAAAACACAGAAUGGAAGGGGUGGUUUUGGAGGUGGAGAGUCCAAUGGAAUGACCAAUGGAGGAGGUGGUGGUUUUGGUCGGGGAGGAGGUGGAUUCGGCAAAGGAAGCGGUGAUGGAGGUGGUUUUGGAUCAGAUCGCCCACCACGGGGAGGAGGUUUUGGAGGUGGGGGAGGUAGUAGUAGUGGCUGCCACAAGUGUGGUGAGGAUGGCCACUUUGCAAGGGAGUGUCCGACUGGCGGUGGAGGACGUGGUGGUGGAGGUGGUGGAAAAUGUCACAAGUGUGGUGAAGAAGGCCACUUCGCAAGAGAAUGUCCAACUGGAGGUGGCGGCGGUGGUGGUGGAGAUCGUUCUUGCUUCAAAUGCGGAGAGCAGGGACACAUGUCCAGAGAAUGUCCUAAAGGUGGUGGUGGCGGCGGCGGCGGUGGAGAUCGUUCUUGCUUCAAAUGUGGAGAACAGGGACACAUGUCCAGGGAAUGUCCAUCAGGUGCAGGUGGUGGUGGAGGUGGAAGUGGUGACCGUGGAUGCUUCAAGUGUGGAGAACAAGGCCACUUCUCCAGAGAAUGUCCCAAUGCAGAAAAAUCCGGAAUCCAACUUGAUCCAGACCGCCCUGCACCAUACAUCCCUCCAGCACCCUCUGAGGAUGAAACAGAAAUAUUUGGAGGUAUCUUGAAGGGUAUUAACUUUGAUAAAUAUGAGAAGAUUCCAGUGGAGGUCACAGGUCGAGGAGCACCAGCCUCUAUCAAAAGUUUUGAAGAGGCUGGUAUAUACGAGGGUUUCAUGAAAAAUCUUGUGAAGGCACAUUUUGAGAAACCAACGCCUGUGCAGAAGUAUUCCAUCCCCAUAGUGAUGUCGGGAAGGGAUCUAAUGGCCUGUGCCCAGACAGGGUCUGGCAAGACGGCUGCUUUCCUGCUCCCUGUCCUGACUGGAAUGAUGAAGAAUGGUCUGACUGGAAGUGCAUUUUCUGAAAUUCAGGAGCCACAGGCACUUGUAGUGGCUCCUACCAGGGAACUGGCCUUGCAAAUAUUUAAUGAUGCACGCAAAUUUUCACAUGGUACUAUGCUGCGUUCAGUUGUGCUGUAUGGAGGAACAUCGGUUGGAUAUCAGCUCAAACAAGUGGAGAAUGGUGCUCACAUUGUUGUUGGCACACCAGGGAGGUUGAUCGAUGUCAUCAACAAAGGAAAGAUAAGUCUGGCAAAACUCAAGUACCUUAUUCUGGAUGAAGCAGACAGAAUGUUGGACAUGGGAUUUGGACCAGACAUCAAGAAAAUUGUUCAUGAACUUGGUACUCCAGAUAAAACAGAGAGACAGACACUUAUGUUCAGUGCCACAUUUCCUGAGGAAAUCCAGAAAUUGGCUGGCGAAUUUCUCAAUGACUAUUUGUUUUUAACUGUGGGUCGUGUUGGAGGAGCUUGUUCAGAUGUAACACAAAACUUUUUCCAGGUGGAUAGGCAACAAAAGAGACAGAAAUUGUGUGAUAUACUGUCAGAAUCUGGUGCAGAUAAAACUCUAGUGUUUGUGGAACAAAAACGGAAUGCAGAUUUCUUGGCAUCAUACCUGUCGGAGUCCGGUUUCCCCACAACUAGCAUACAUGGGGAUCGUCUCCAAAGAGAAAGAGAAGAAGCUUUACGAGAUUUCAAACAGGGCAAGGCUCCCAUCUUGAUAGCCACAUCAGUAGCAGCACGUGGCUUGGACAUUCCCAAUGUGAAACAUGUUAUUAACUAUGACCUACCUCAGUCGAUUGACGAGUAUGUACACAGGAUAGGCAGGACUGGGCGUUGUGGCAAUCUGGGCAAAGCUACCAGCUUCUUCUCUGAAGAUGGUGACGGCAGUCUUGCCAAACCACUCCUGCGAAUCUUGGUAGACGCUCAACAAAAUGUCCCGGAUUGGCUGGAAGCCUCCGGGCAAAGCAGCAUGUCUUCUGGAUCAUAUUCUGGAGGUGGUCGAUUUGGAGGUAGAGACAUCAGAAAGGACCAGGAAAGGACGCGAGAACACGCAGGAGAUGGUCAGAACUCGUACUCUGGAUACGGCAGUGGAUUUGGUGGUCAGGCUGCCAAAGUGGGUGGUGGUGACGACGAUGAAGAGGAUUGGGACUGAACCUGCCAUGGGUAGACAUAACUUGCUUACACUAGCCCUGUCUCCAGCUGUAUGGAUGUACGUGGUCCAGUUGGGGGGCCACCAUGUCGUGUGCUAAUACUUGUGUGUUCUUUGAUUGUGGAGACUUGAUGGUGAUCUAAGGAGAGGGACCUUUGUGUUUUAGAAGAUACCAGGACAAUCUUCUGACGCCUUGUAAACAUUUGAACGAGCCAUAUUCAUGUGGGAGAAAGGAGUCCCAGUGUUACAUUUUUCAUUGUUGAACUUUUUUUUCUAUGUUAAAAUUUGUUUCCAAGUGUUAAAACAUUUAGAGUAGGUACCUAUUAAGUUUUUUUGUAAGUCAUGACAAGAUGUACAUUUCCUUUUCCUGUAGGUUAGUGUCUGGCCACCGAUGGAUAGUGAAGUUGCACAUUUCUGUGGAAAUAGAAUUUGCAGUCCUGAGUUCUCCCAACUCGGUCCUUCAUAUUAAAAUUGUUUUAGGGCUGGCUUGCAAUCGGUGGAUCUACUAGUGGAAAUGAAAUGCAGAUCAUUUUCAAAUCCAGAAUGUAGAUUGAACCUUUGGUAGUGUUUUAUGUGCAAACCUAGUGCUGGGAAAGAUGUGGUACUUCAUUGUUAUAAUCUGUACUCGUGGGAAUGCACAUCUGUAUUCCUGGGGAGGAUCUGAGCUAUCUGGUUUUCAACUUGAGUGUUCAGCCUGUUUGCAUCUGGACUGUCCUCAUCUAUUGCCAAUGCAUCAAUUCCAGGGGGUUUGCAGAGGAAUCAUAUUUGCAGACUUGCCAAAAACUGUAUUUAAGUGAGCAAGUUUAAGCUACAUUAUUUGCAUACGACAGGGUCAGGACGCAUCAUUUAAAGUUUUCAGCUGUUUAUUCCAGAAUUGAUAAUGUACUAAAUUUAUUUGAUUCAUUUAUAUUGUGUGUAGGAAAUCAUAUGAUUUGCAAAUGUGUUCAGUUCAGCUGUCUUUUAAUGCCUGAUCUGCCAUGUUCAUUAUGUUGCUGGAUGGUAUGUGAAAUGUGGCUGGAACAGUAUUACAAGUGAAAAGAAAUCAGUUCUUUGAAGAAAUCCCAAGUGGACUUCAGAACAACCUUAGCCAUAUUCUACAAUGUUUAUAUGACCGAGUGUAACAAAAGAUGGGCAGUUGUUUAAAAAAAAAUUCCAGCUCGAGUCAUUUUAAUACUUAAUAUGUUAAGACAAUCAGUAAGUUGCUGCUGCACUUGAACGGAGGGGUGCUCCACAAACUUGGGGUCACAGGAAAGGAUUUGGUUGUGGCUAUUUUGUGAUAAACAUGUGAUGAUUGAUAGUUUAGUUCCAAGGGCAUUAUUGGUACUGUAAUUAUUAUCUUAUUUUUGUGUGUAUCUGGUAAACAUAAAGUUAAAUUACGUUUAUUUGUGGCAAAGUAUAAUAUUCUGUAAAUUGUGGCUUAGUUGACAAGAUAAUCUACCUGGUUUGCUAGGCGCCUAAAUGUUCUUGGUACAUUUGUAGUUGGUAUAUUGUAGAAAUACUCAGGUUUUUUGGACCACUGUGGGGAGUUUUAAGAGUUUCUUAAUUUAAAUCCAAAUUUUGUGCCACAGUAAUACCUAUGUUUAUCACAAAGUUUGAGUUCACCCAAGUUCUAGGGUAAGGAUCUGGAACAAAGGAUUGAAAACUGGGCGUCGGUAGGUGACUGCUAGAUAUUGGUAACCUUGACGAAUUUACCAAUCUUGUGCUACCUUUCUGAAAAAUCCUAGGGAAAAAGUGAAGGUUAUGUCAUGACUUUGUGAUGGAGAAAAAACUUGUGGUGUUCAUGGUAUUAAAGGGAGCAACAAAAAACUGCAUAUUAGGCACUACAUGUGUGGUGUUUGUGGCAAGGAGUUCAGUGAAAUGAACUAUAAAGGGGAACAACCAAAUGUGAUGUUAGUGCUAGGUGGUCUUACAGAGAACAGGAUUUUGAAAUUGUCUCUUACAUAACAUUUUAGCAGUCCUAUAAAUAUUUUGUUCAUAUGUGCCAAAAAAGAACAGAUUAUGUUUGCUUCGAUUGAUGAACAAGACAUGCACCAAUCAAAUGUCCUGGUAAAUUGUCAAAUGAUUUAGUGCUGAAAGAAAUUUCACCCUUUUAUUCUGGCUGUAGUAAAUAAACUGCAUAGUGCUGUGAUGUGUAUGUUUUACCAGGAUAUUUUACUGUACAUGUUUUGGGUAGGGUAUUGUGUCUGGACUGAAUGAAGUCUUGUUCUAACUGAUUUUAUUGGUGGCAAUUUUCCAAUUGUAUCCCAUUUUAUGCCAUGGUGCGUCGUCUGGCUGGUGUCAACUUUUUACUUUAAAUGACUUCUCAAUAACCAAGAGUGAUAAUAUUAGGCCAGUAGCAUGCUCAGAUAAAAGGCUAUGCAAUUUGCUCUAUUGAAUGACCUUCAACUAUAUUCCAGGUCACAGAGGUCAAAAGUGUUAAAAUUUCUGAAACAUCUCCUCAGUUACCAUAGGCAUAGGGUGAUAUUUGUUUUAGAAUAAUGAUGCUGACCCACUUUCAAGGUCACUGUGCUUAAAAUUCUUUAUAUAUUGGAUCUUGGUCCACUUUUAAGGUUACAAGUGUGAGAUGAUUACCAGACGAGCGAUGCAAGCCUGUUUUGUCUCUUGUCUCCAGAUACAACAAUUGAGUUUUGUAGGAUAACUUUCACAUUGUCUCAGAAUUUAGCAUCACAUUAAAUUGUCCAAACAAGUUUUUAACCAUUUUAUCCAUGUUCUGUGAUCACCUGCAAAACGAGUAUGCUUCCAUUGACAAAUUUCAUGUGGUUGUUGAUUCUAGUCCCCUGCUGUUAGAUUAUUUCAAACUUCAGAUGAUGUUCACUUGCUGUUCUGGUCAUACUGGAUUGGUUUUACGCAGUGUAGUUGUGUUAACUUGUGUGAAUGUUGUAAAGACAACUGUGAUUAACUCUAAGCUACUCCACAUGUUCAUCUGAUCAUGCCUACUCCACAAAUAGUGAUAUAGCAUAUUUUAGUUGAGUAUCAUUUUACAUAAUGUACAAUAAAUAAUGAUGUUGAUA